UUUUUUUUUUUUUUUUUUACAAAAUAAACGAACAAUGCUAAGCAAUCAAAUCUCUGUUAAAUAAAUAGUAAACAGACCCCAAGAGUAGUUGGCAUAGUUUUCCAGUAGUUCUAAUUCUCACAUCUUAUUCUUGUUAUCAUAAUGUAAUUGAGGUCAAUAAACAUCAAGUAGUCGAUAUAUGAGAAUACACCUUAAUAGAUCAUGUUAAAAAACUACAAAAGGAUUUGCUUUUCAAUGAUAGGUUUGAGGGCGGCUAUCAAGUCGUUUGAAUAUUUCUAAAUUCAUAUUGUGGUAUUUUGGACAACACUUGCUUGUUCUAAAUUCACCUAUCAAGUAUACAAAAUAAUUGUGCUUCUUUAUCAUUCUUUGGAAUCCUAUACCGUUCACAAAUCGUCACUGGUUAUCUUGUGUAGGGCACAGACCAGUUUUUUGAUCUUCUCCUAUGAAUAUUUUCAUGAAUAAAAUGAUACAAGAGACUAUGUCACUCAGGGUUAACAGUAACACAUCGUUCAGCUAUUUCUUCAUGCUUUUUUUUUCUCUGAAUAGAGAUCAUUUAUAUAACGAGUUUGAUCUACUUGUAGAUUGGGUCGAGUGUAAUAGCUUCGUGCUUUUUUUCUUGAUUAUCGAAACACUUAUCUCUGUCAGUUUGGCUAUUUUCACAAAAUCGUAAAACACCCUUCUUCUUGAUAUCUGAAAGAUACAGAAAAAGUUUAAAUUAAUAACAUAUUCCUAUAAGGCUAAUUUAUCUCUAGUAUGGCUGGUCCAAGAGCGAAUAAGUAUAUUUUGGCAUAAAUUUUUUGAAUCGAUGAUUACAUAACAAGGGGACUACAGUCUGUGUAAACGGAAGGAUUCAGUUCUAUACAGGUAUAUUAAGAUUAACAAAUAUACAAG